AGCCGUGCGGCCGGGGCUCGAAACGGGACGGGUCCCCGCGUCGACCGAGCUUCCGAGGUGCGCGUCGGGACUGAGCAGUGGUCAUGACUACUGAAGUAGGCCCCGAGUCUGAAGUGAAAAAGGAAUCAGACAAUUUAGGAGCAGACACAGCCAAGGAGAAACCUAAAGACGAAGGGAAAAAUCAGGAGAAUCAACCAUCUGAUCCAGAAGAGGGAAAAAGUUCCCAGUCACUUCCUUCAGCUGACCGCCGCCAAAGAAGUCCACGCCACCAGAAGAGAGAGAAGGAUCCAUCGGAGAGCAGGGGCAUUUCCCGAUUCAUACCGCCAUGGCUAAAGAAACAAAAGUCCUAUAACUUGGUAGUGGCCAAAGAUGGAGGAGAUAAAAAAGAACCUACCCAAGCUGUUGUGGAGGAACAGAUUGUAGACAAAGAGGAGGAGGACUCUCUUCCUGAAGAAGAGAGGCAGGCCAAGGGUGAUGCUGAAGAAACAGCUCAAAGAAGGCAGCUGGAGGUUAAAGUUGAAGUCAAGGAAGACAAACCUUCCACGAGCGUUGCUGAGCCACAGCCUGUUAAAGAAGCAAGUAAGGAGCGAGAAGAAGAGAAGGAAGAAAUCCAGGAAGAAAAGACAGAAGUAGCAGUAGCAAAAAGGGAGACUAAGGAAGUGCAGACCAAUGAGCUACGAGCCGAGAAAGAAUCUCAAAAAGCCACCAAGAAAGCCAAAACGGUUCAGUGUAGAGUGACCCUCCUGGAUGGCACUGAGUACAGCUGUGACCUGGAGAAACGUGCUAAGGGACAAGUGUUAUUUGACAAAGUCUGCGAGCAUCUUAAUCUCCUAGAGAAGGACUACUUUGGACUUUUGUUUCAGGAAAACCCAGAGCAGAAAGUUUUUAAUAUGCCUUCUAUACUAGAUCUUCCCUGGCUGUUCACCUUUAAUGUGAAGUUUUAUCCUCCUGAUCCUUCUCAGUUGACUGAAGAUAUCACCAGAUACUUCUUGUGCCUGCAGCUGAGGCAGGACAUUGCCUCUGGCCGCCUGCCCUGCUCUUUUGUGACUCAUGCCCUCCUGGGGUCCUACACCCUGCAGGCUGAACUUGGGGACUAUGACCCAGAAGACCCUGGCCAUGAUGACCUCAGUAAUUUCCAGUUUGCUCCAACGCAGACGAAGGAGCUGGAAGAGAAAGUGGCAGAGCUGCAUAAAAUCCACAGGGGCUUAUCUCCAGCACAAGCAGAUUCUCAAUUCCUAGAAAAUGCAAAGAGGCUCUCCAUGUAUGGUGUUGACCUGCAUCGUGCCAAGGACUCUGAGGGUGUGGACAUCAAGCUGGGUGUGUGUGCUAAUGGACUCCUCAUUUACAAGGACAGGCUGAGAAUCAACCGUUUUGCUUGGCCGAAAAUCUUGAAAAUUUCCUAUAAACGCAGCAACUUCUACAUUAAAGUGAGGCCGGCAGAGCUGGAGCAGUUUGAGAGUACCAUUGGAUUCAAACUACCAAAGCACCGGGCUGCUAAAAGGCUAUGGAAAGUGUGCGUGGAGCAUCAUACUUUCUACAGGCUUGUGUCUCCAGAGCAGCCACCAAAGGCCAAGUUCUUGACCUUAGGGUCCAAGUUUCGCUACAGUGGCCGCACCCAAGCCCAGACCCGCCAGGCCAGCAUCCUCAUUGACAGGCCUGCUCCCCAUUUUGAGCGUACCUCUAGCAAGCGGGGGUCCAGGAGUCUGGAUGGAACUUUGAUUGGUGUUGAGGACCAAAGUCUCAUGAAGGAGUUUUCUGGUCCUGCUGAAGAGGCCUUUGCAUAUGGUCCUGGAGUUGUGAGUGCUGUUGGGGUACAGGUUGAAGACAGCAGAAGAGAUGUCAGAAGCCCCACAAAAGCCCUGCAUGUGCAACUCAGUGAAGGAAAGAAAAGUUCCUUGAGAGUAGAAGGGGAUAAUAUUUAUGUCAGACAUAGCAAUUUAAUGUUGGAGGACUUGGAUAAGGCCCAGGAGGACAUACUGAAACAUCAGGCUAGCAUUAGUGAACUCAAGCGCAAUUUUAUGGAAUCCACACCAGAACCACGCCCCAGUGAAUGGGAGAAACGACGUAUCACACCUCUGUCCCUGCAGACUCCAGGGAGGAAAGGAGACCAUCUUUUCAAGGACAUUUUACCCACGAAGGAGAAGCCCCAGAUGGCGACAGCAUGGGCUGCUGAAGGAGGAGCUGAGGAGGCGGACAAGAAACGCUCUCCCGAGUCAGAAGGGCCAUGCGCUGGAGCCAGUGAUGCUGUUAAGAGUUCACAUGAGACUCUGAAUAUAGUGGAAGAGAAGAAACGGGCAGAGGUUGGGAAAGACGAAAGAGUAAUCAUAAUCACGGAAGAAAUGAAUGGUAAAGAGCUAUCACCUGGGAGUGGUCCUGGGGAUAUUCGGAAGGUGGAGCUGCUGGCACCCAAAGACUCCACCUCCCUGUCUUCUGAGAGCAGCAGCAGCAGCAGCAGCAUUGAGAGCGAAGAAGAUGAUGUGGGAGAGUACCGCCCCCACCACCGUGUGAUGGAGGGCACCAUAAGGGAGGAGCAGGAGGAGUAUGAAGAGGCGGAGGAGGAGCCCGGUCAAGCAGUCAAGGUAGUAGAGAGGGAGGAAGCAGUGCCAGAAGCCAGCCCAGUCAAACAAGCAGGUGCCAGUGCAAUCCCAGUAGAAACAGUGACCCAGGAAAAUGUAGUGGCCCCCAAGCUCUCCGGAGAGAAGAGUAUAAACGAAGGCACUAUUAAGCAAGCCCUGAGCGAAGAAACAGAGGAAGAACAACUUAAAGUUAAUGGAGAGGUGUCUCGUGUUGACAUUGAUGUUUUGCCACAAAUUAUCUGUUGUUCCGAGCCACCAGUGGUCAAAACAGAGAUGGUAACAAUUUCUGAUGCCUCACAAAGAACAGAAAUCCCCACCAAGCAAGUCCCCAUUGUCCAAACUGAGACCCGAACCAUCACUUACGAGGCUCCACAGGUUGAUGGCGGGGCUGGUGGUGAUUCGGGCACAUUACUGACCGCACAAACCAUCACAUCUGAGUCCGUGUCGACAACAACCACCACACAUAUCACCAAGACUGUAAAAGGUGGAAUAUCUGAAACAAGAAUUGAGAAACGUAUUGUGAUCACAGGAGAUACAGAUAUUGAUCAUGACCAGGCCUUGGCCCAGGCCAUCAAGGAAGCCAGAGAGCAGCACCCUGACAUGUCUGUCACGAGAGUGGUGGUGCACAAAGAAACUGAGUUGGAGGAGGAAGGUGAAGAGUAAUCAGAAAUUCAUUUCAUAAACAACAUUCAACUUUGUGACCAUGAAGAAUCUGACCAUUCCAAGUCUUAAUGCCACACCACUUCUGCAGCAGAUUUAUACUACGACUGGUAACAGUGACCAGGAGCCUGGAUAUUAAAAUGCCAACACCAAACCUUUCGUUAACAGCUCUGGUCUACUGUUCCCUUGGAUCUUAAUAUAUUCUUUUGUUUCAUAACCACUUUUAAGUAUUCUUGGUUCGUUCUUUCUUUAUCUUUUUUUUAAGGGGAUAUUAUUUUAUUUCCUGCUUGCUUUGUGUACAACUACCUGCUUGAUAUGACUCCUUUUGACAAAUGCCAGUGAACAAAGCCAGCCCGAGCUGGUAAGGUGCAGUUCACUUAAUCAGGUGCUGUUGUGCCGAAAGAACUGACUAAUUUAGGUAGAAUGGCUUUCUUUUUGCCCGAUUUUUUCUGCCAUUGAGUUUUUAACAAUAAAUAUUUCCUGAGUUUUCUGAUCGCAGUAAACUUACUGUGUGAGAAAAUAUUAAUACUGAUUAAAAGCAUUUCUUACAUCUUGAAGAUUUUCUAAUAUAUGAAAAUUUCACUAGGGAUAUUUUUUUAUAUUAAGCCCCCUUGACUUUUCAGCCCUGCGACUUGGCUUUCAGUGGAAAGCCAAGCGGCUCUAGGCUGGAGCAUGAGGACUCAGUCCACUGACCACGCACUGUGUCCGGAAACCCUGCUGCACCGCAGUGCCGUUGCUUCUCUGAGAACAUACUCCUCGGCAGCAUUCCGCAGCGGGAGGGGAAUGAGAAAGCCUUUUUCCCUUCACUGAAAGACUCAGGCAGCUUAAAAACCGUAGUGCUUUCAGUCUUAACGUGUCCAAAUGUCAAAGCUUUCUUUCCUUGAUUUGAACUCUUGUGUAGAGUGCUUGCUGUGUAUUAAACCUCCAUGCUACAUGUAACACUCACCUUUGUCAUGGAAUGGGGAUCUCUCUUUCAGGUAGUUUGAUGAUGCGCACAGGUUUGAGGACGCUGGAGAGAAGGCUGGGGGGAGGGGGGGGCAUCUUUUCUUGGUUCUCAGAAAGCCGCGCAGUGUAGAGCUGACAGCAGAGAGCAGAGUGGGCCGAUGGAUCGCGUUGAGCAGUUUGCCCUUUGCUUUAGGCCCUCUGUAUAGUGGCGGUUCCAGGUUAGAUUUGUAGCAGCUUCAAGUUGUAUGAAGUGGUAUUUUGCUUUCUGUAAUACCAUAUAAAAUAAAAUCUGUUUAUUCUCUAAA